AUGUUUCCAAUUACCACAGCAGAACGUUUAGUAUGCGUACGAUUUCCAUAUCUCUCUAGACAUCUUGUGACUAAACCCACCGGACUUAAGAGUGACACGUCCACCACUACGAAUAAUGUAAACCAAUCGAUAACAUAUGAUGUUUCUAAUAAACAGAAACUCUAUAUUACAGACCCUAUUUCACCUGGUUCUAUUUUUUUUCUACCUAAUGGAACUAAAAUAUUUAAUAAAUUGAUUCAAUUUAUGAAACAACAACAAGGUCGUUUGAAGUUUGGAUAUCAAGAAGUAAUUACACCUUUAAUAUUCAAAAAAAGUUUAUGGGAACAAUCUGGUCAUUGGGAAAACUACAAGGAUGAUAUGUUUAAAGUCGAAGGGACUGAUGCAUCAAAGGAAACGUAUGGCUUGAAACCCAUGAAUUGUCCCGGUCAUUGUGUUAUAUACAACAGAUUUGAUCAUUCUUAUAAUGAAUUACCAUUAAGAUAUAGUGAUUUUUCACCACUUCAUAGGAAUGAAGCAUCAGGUGCACUUUCUGGGCUAACAAGGGUAAGAAAAUUUCAUCAAGAUGAUGGCCACAUAUUUUGUACUAAGGAACAAGUUGAAUCCGAAAUUUUAAAUUGUUUAAAAUUGGUUGAUUUAUGUUACGGUAAAGUUUUCAAGUUUAAUACAGAUCCGACUACAACUUAUUCAAUAAAUCUAUCAACUAGACCAAAGGAUCAUUAUAUUGGAGAAUUACAAACAUGGGAUCAUGCAGAGGGAGUACUAAAAAAUGUUUUAGAGAAAUCUGGAAAAAAAUGGCAAUUAAAUGAAGGAGAUGGCGCUUUCUACGGCCCUAAAUUGGAUAUCAUGGUUCCAGAUCAUACCGGUAAAUCUCAUCAAGUUGCCACUAUUCAGUUAGACUUUCAACUACCAAUAAGGUUUAAUUUAAAAUAUAAGGAUAGGGAUAAUACUUACAAGACUCCAAUUAUGAUUCAUCGUGCAGUAUUUGGAUCAGUUGAAAGGUUUUUGGCUUUGUUGAUAGACCAUUACAAAGGUAAAUGGCCAUUCUGGUUGAACCCAUAUCAGGCAAUGGUAAUACCUAUAAAUACGAAAGAUGUGAAGCAGGUGGAAGCAUGUCAAAUACUUAAGGAACAAUUAGCAGGUGAAAAUGAACUAGAGGAAGAAUCAGAUUUAAAACCGAUCCCAUUAAAUAAUUUUCGCUUUAAUGUCGAUGUUGAUGAACGGUCGGAACCGUUAGGAUACAGAAUUAAGGAUGCAAUCUUAAAACAUUACUCCUAUUUAAUUAUUAUCGGUGAAGAGGAAGUCAAAACAGGCAAAUACAGUAUCAGAACAAGGGACGAUAGAAAAUUAGAUCACUUAACAGGCAAAGAGAUAUACGACAUGUUCUGUAAUCUUGAAAGAAAUUAUAAGUGA